GGAGGCCAGAUCAUUCAUCUAUCCCGUCUAAUGUCACCCUUUUAAGAUCUUGAAACUAAACCACACAUUUUUCAUGCCAUUUCGCAUUACUAGAGAGAAACUUCCAGUGCAGUACUAUAUAUACUUUUUAUAGCGAUUGAUCUAAAAUAACCCCUCUUUAUUGUCUUUAUGCCGAUUUUGAGACAUAAGUUUGUAUAAUCUAUAAAUGAAACGCAUCCAUAUCUGCAGAUGAAUCAACUGCAAUCUGAGUUAAAACUUGCUCGAUCUCUCGUUGUUGAGAAAGAGACUGAAACCCGUGGCGUGCGUAUGACAAACAAUCAGUACAUGGAAGAAAACGAAAGGCUGAGAGCUAUUCUAGGAGAAUGGAGUACUCGAGCAGCAAAGCUUGAACGAGCACUGGAGGCUGAGCGGAUGUCAAAACUGGAAUUGCAGAAGAAGUUAUCAACAUUGAAAAGCACACAUCGUUAGAAACAGCUUAAAGAAUACAACCAUUGACCGAUAAUCAGCAACUGAGAGAUAUUGCAAUCGGGAUGAAUUCCCUUCCCAGCCAGCCAAUGGUUUUGAGGCCACUUUGUAAAAAGCUAGAAGAAAUUUGCAUUCAAAAACUUGUUCUUGUUUAGAAUAGCAAAACCCAGUUGGAAGAAUUACAACAAACAUGAAACAUCCAGCUGAUUUCAGAGUGGGGAUACAUGAGUGGUUUCGUUCAAAAACAAGCAACCGAAAACGUAGUUAUAGAAAUCUCGAGCUUUGAUGGUCUCUCCRUUGCCUA